AAUUAACCAGCUUUUUUUUGGUUAAACACUAGAAUUUCCGAGCUCAUAUUUGUGCUACAAACCUCCACGAAAUGACAGAUUUUUUCAUUACGCAGUCGAUCUUUCACCCUUUUGCUUUCGUAGCAGUCUAUCUAAUUUUCGUCACGAAAAUCGGACCGAACUUAAUGAAAAAUAGGGAACCGAUGAAGCUGAACAAUGUUAUGAUUGCCUAUAAUUUAUUGCAGAUUUUCAUCAACGUCGUUUUGAUUAUUUUAGGUCUCCCAAAUUUAAAAACUGUUAUUCUGCUGUGUAGCAUUACUUCCCAAGACUCUUUUUCCGUUGUAACAACACACCAUGCAUAUGCUUUGCUCAAAGUGUUCGAUUUUUUGGAAACGAUUAUUUUCGUUUUACGAAAAAAGGACAAUCAAGUUUCUUUACUACACGUAUUUCACCACGUUGGAGUAUUUUCGCUAACCUGGAUAGGACUUAAGUAUAGUCCUGGAGGGCCAAACUAUCUGAGUGCUGUCAUAAAUUGUGUUGUUCAUACGUUAAUGUAUUUUUAUUAUUUAUUAAGUACGUCGAUUGAUAAGAAACAGUUGUGGUGGAAAAAAUAUAUGACAGUGCUUCAAGUGGUUGCCAACUGGUUUAUAUUUUUGAUUAAUGUCGUAUCUUUACUGAACCCGUCCUGUUCGUAUCCUAAGUGGAUUUUACUGAGCGAUACAACGUAUAUGUUGGUACUACUAUAUUUGUUUAGUAAUUUUUACAAUAAAAAUUAUCUAGAGGGAAAUGCGAAGUUGUCAUAA